AUGUCUAUACUCAAAACCACAUCACUGAGAGCUAGCCUCCACACUGUGCGCGGAUGCCUGUUCCCACCACUUUCGAGGUUCGCAAGCACCCAGCGCACUGUGCUAGACGGGUUGACAGAUGAACAAAUAGAGUUCCAGGCUGCUGUGUCUGAUUUCGCACAGAAGGAAAUUGCCCCUCGAGCGUCCGAGAUUGACAAGACAAAUAAUUUUCCAAUGGAUUUAUGGAGGAAGUUUGGCGACAUGGGCUUGCUCGGAAUUACCAUAUCCGAGGAAUAUGGUGGGAUUAACUCCGGUUAUCUACAACACACUCUCGUUAUGGAGGAGAUAUCUCGAGCAUCCGGGUCUGUGGCCCUCUCAUAUGGCGCCCAUUCCAAUCUUUGUGUGAACCAAAUUCACCGGCAUGGGACUCCCGCCCAAAAACAGAAAUAUCUGCCAGAUCUCGUCUCAGGACGUAAAGUUGGUGCACUGGCAAUGAGUGAAACCGGAAGCGGCAGCGAUGUGGUCAGUAUGCAGCUAAAAGCCGAGAGACAGGAGGGACGAUGGGUGCUCAAUGGGAAUAAAUUUUGGAUUACGAAUGGGCCGAUAGCAGAUACACUUGUUGUUUACGCCAAAACAGAACCUGAGAAGGGUUCAAAGGGGAUAACAGCAUUCAUUAUUGAGAAAGACUUCCCUGGAUUCUCAACGCAUCAAAAACUCGAUAAGUUUGGGAUGAGAGGAAGUGAUACUUGUGAGCUGGUCUUUGAAAACUGCGAGGUUCCAGAAGAGAGCGUAUUGGGCAAAUUGAACGGAGGUGCGGCCGUGCUCAUGAGUGGCCUUGACCUUGAGCGUCUCGUUCUGAGCGGCGGUCCACUUGGACUCAUGCAAGCUGCCUUCGACAUAACACUCGACUACGUGCAUGAGCGAAAGCAAUUCAACAAGGCUGUAGGGACUUUCCAGCUCAUGCAGGGCAAGAUUGCGGAUAUGUAUACUAAGCUGAGUGCGAGCAGAGCUUACGUGUAUGCGGUUGGCAGAGCAUGCGAUGCUGGAAACAUCAGCCGUCGGGAUUGUGCAGGGGCUAUUCUCUACUCUAGUGAUCGCUCCGUUGAAGUUGCCAUAGAUGCAAUGCAAUCCUUGGGCGGCAAUGGAUAUAUCAAUGAUUACCCCACCGGGAGAAUACUACGGGAUGCCCGGUUAUACUGUGUAGGAGCCGGGACACAAGAGAUCAGACGAAUGUUAAUAGGCCGGGAGUUCAACUCGGACUACGGAAUAAAGGACCAAUAA